GUUACGGGUUACCUGAGCCUAAAGGUGGGUGUCACCUCCUCUUUCCUCUUUCGAUGCCGCGCCCCUUCCCAUGCACACGGCAUCUUCCAGGAAGAAACCCCGGAGUAAAAAGAGUCCAGCGGUGAAUUAACUGCUUCUGUCAGCUUUUAAAGAGGAUUUUCAGGGCUUUCCACACUCAUAUGCUGCUGUUUGGACAGAGGCACAGUCAACAUGCUGAUUAAAGAGUUCCGAAUUGUCCUGCCCAUUUCAGUGGAGGAGUACCAAGUGGGUCAGCUGUAUACAGUAGCAGAGGCCAGUAAGAGUGAAACGGGUGGGGGAGAAGGUGUGGAGGUCUUGGCCAACGAGCCCUAUGAGAAGGAUGGAGAGAAGGGACAGUACACCCACAAGAUCUACUACCUGCAGAGUAAAGUGCCAACUAUUAUCAGUAAGCUCGCUCCGAAAGGUUCUCUCAAGGUUCAUGAGGAGGCCUGGAAUGCAUAUCCUUACUGUAAAACCGUCCUUACCAAUGAAUACAUGAAAGACUUCUCUAUUAUGAUCGAGACAUGGCACAAGCCUGAUAUGGGGGAUCAGGACAAUGUACAUGGACUGGAGAAAAGCAAAUGGGAAAAAACGUCGAUAGUUGACAUCGACAUUGCUGAUAGAAGUUCCAUCAGUUCAAAGGACUACAACCCAGAUCAUGAUCCGGCCAUCUUUAAGUCGGAGAAGACCGGCAGAGGGCCUCUGGGACCUGAGUGGAAGAAAGAACUUGCUAACAACCCCAACUGUCCACACAUGUGUGCCUAUAAGCUAGUCACUGUUGAAUUCAAGUGGUUCGGACUACAGGGCACUGUGGAAAAUAUCAUUCAAAAGGUGGAGAAGCGUGUGUUCACCCACUUCCACAGAGAGCUGUUCUGCUGGAUCGACAGAUGGAUUGAUCUGUCGAUGGAUGACAUACGACGCAUGGAGGCUGAUACAAAAGAAGAGCUGGAUAAGUUGAGGGCGGAUGGUGAAGUUAAAGGCAUGGGAGCUGUUGACAAUGACAACUGACUUGCUAAACAAUCACUCUCUGAUACAGGAGCAUUUGACUUCAUUGAGCAAGCUCAGACUCUUCUCCUCGGGCACUAGACCUAGAACAGCUUGAUAGGCAUAAUCAAGAAUACCACACUUAUAUCCUAAUAAAAUUUGCUCUUAAUAAGAGCUUAUUAUUGUAAAGCAAUUGUGUGUAUUUAUCCACUGCACUUGAAUACAACUACAGCAGCUUUUAGUUUUUUUAGGAGACAUGUUUGCAAGUUGGGAUCCAUUUUGAGGAGGACGUGUUCUUGCUUAUGCCUAUUGGGUUCUCAUUUUAAAACAUUAGGGAAAAGGUGUGGGUUGUCUCUAAGGAAACAUUUCUGAUUACUGUUAUCCUUUUUUUAAUUGCAGUUAUUUGUUUGUUUUUUUUCUUCUUGAUUUUGUAUUUUCUAGUCCUCCGUGAUUUAUUGGUUGUUUUUAUUUAUUGUUUAAAAUUGUGUAUCCUGUCUACAUCGGCAGGAGCUCCAGGCACUAGGAACUAGAUAGAUGGAUAGAUAGAUAUUAGGCUGGAGUGUUGCAAAAAAAAAUCAGCUUAUGAUUUUUGUAAAAACUAUUACAUAUGAGGUAUUUACUUUGAAAAGAGGCAUUUAAUACAUUUUCAGAGUAGUCUGGUGCUGUUUUUCAGGUGGUCGGUUAAGCUCCAUACAAAGACGCCUCCUGCUGUAUUGUAAUCAGCUUUGGUGAUGAUAAGAUGUAGGAACCUGAACUCUGUGCAGAUUUCAAAAUAAUUGACAGGUUAUGCAUUUCUGUCUAGAGUUAAAAAGUUUGGCCUAUUGUAAGUCUUGUUCUGUGUUGAAUGAAAUAACCUGGAUUUUAAUGUUGUGAGUUAUAUGAUUGUGUAGUAUAUUAAAGACAAUUGAAUUGUU